AUGGAAUACACCGACGAUUACUUCGAGACCGAGCUCUACGAGAGAUCCAGUGAGUUGCACGCAUCCCGGAUGUGUCGUUUAUGUCUGCAGUCCCGGUAUCUCAUCAAUAUCCAUACGGAUCCCACCAAGAUGGCUCAGCUGGUUUCCUGUUUUACUCCGUUCCUGCCGGACGAUUCGGAUUUUCCCCAGUUUAUUUGCGGAGAGUGCUACCAACUACUUGAGGUAACCUACCAAUUCAGCAUUCGAAGCAACCGGGCUUCGGUUCUGAUGCGUACUUACCUUUACCAUGGUGGUCGGUUUCCCGAUACGCAGAUGCUGCAGGAAGAGUAUCAGAAGAGAGCAGAGAAGCGUUCUCCUUCGCCAGAGAAAACAAUUGAAACUCCACCAGCCAAGAAGCGGAAAUCGUUGAUGGAACAUCGGAAUUCUCCGUUAAACGACAAAAAGGAACCGAGCCCAAUUGCGAUAGAAGAGGAACAUCUACCAAAGUCUAGAGCUCAUACGGAAAAGAGCAAACCUUCAGCAAAAAGUUCAACUGGGAAAGAACACUCUUCAUUGAGAAGCUCUAGGGUUAGUAAAACAGAAAAAGUCAGCCUAAGAUCCGAGGAUCGAAUGCAGGAAAUAUUUGGGAGCAAUGAUAGGACAUCUGCAAAACAUAAGAUAACCCGGGUUGAGGACCUAUUGAAACGAAAGGAUCGUGCUUCAUCGACAUCGUCCACAUCUUCGACAGCUUCAUCUUCGUCAUCAUCGCACUCGUCGUCAAAGUCGAAGAGACAUUCUUCCAGCAAGAGUUCAUCGAGUAGAUCGAAAAGUGAUUCCAACUCCUACAAAAAGUGUAGUAGUCGUAAGGUUUAG